AUGUCGCACCGGUCUCGGAAAAGGCUCCAAUAUCCAGUGGACAAGACGCAUUUCUUGACGCCAGUUUCGAAACACCAGAAGUACGGAACAUGGAUUCAUGCGGUCAUGGAAAUCUGCCUCGAACACGACAUUCACUACAUCAUACCGCAGCACGACACGAUGGCCGUCUUCGCAGCUCAUAUGAAGGAGCUCAGGCGGCAUGGCAUAUACGUCCAUACUCCCAGACUGACGUCGAUUCACUCUGUCGUCGACAAAUUGGCAAUGUAUCGGAUAUUGAGGGAUCUUCACAUUUGGCACCAUCCCUGGGUCUUUCUAGGAAAGGAGAUAAACGCUCAGGACAAAAUCAUGCAGACUGCCGGCUACAUCAAAGAAUCAGACAACUACCCGGUCAUGUUGACAGACCGCACGGAAGGAUCGGAUUCAGUCUAUGUGCGCAUCGAGUCGAAGAAGGACCUGGAAGACUACAUCCUCGAGGACGGACGCAAGAACGCAACGGAAUUCGCCAUCACCACGGACACCUUGAGUACCAAAGGCUAG